AUGGCGACAGAAGUCCUCACUCAAACAGCGGAGCAGUCAAUCCCUCUUGCAGUAUCCCAAUCGGCCACCGACAAGUCGAACAAGUCCGACAAAUUCACAAAGACCGCCGGUCAAGACGUCGGCUUCCUCUCUCCGCCAGACCUUGACUUCAAGGACAAGUAUGAGGAGCGAGAAUACAUCAAAGGCCGCCUCGCCGGCGCCUACCGCAUCUUCGGCCACUAUGGCCUCAACGAAGGCGUAGCAGGACACAUCACCGUCCGUGACCCCGUCGAGCCGGAGACUUUCUGGGUGAACCCUUUCGGCCUUGAUUUCAACCUCAUCAAAGCCUCCGACCUCCUGCGCGUCGACCACCACGGCGCCAUCCUCGACCACGGCCGCGUUAAAGUGCUCAACAAAGCCGCUUUCCUCAUCCACGGCGCCAUUCAUGCCGCGAGGCCUGAUGUCCUGUGUGCUGCGCACACCCACUCGGUGAACGGCAGGGCGUUCUGCGCUCUGGGGAAGGAGUUGGAUCCUAUUGGUCUGGAGAGCUGUAUCUUUUACGACGACCACGUAGUGUUCGACGGCAAAGGCGUCGUCCUCGCCGCGGACGAGGGCGAUGAUAUCGCCGGAGCGCUUGGAGAUAAGAAAGCUGCACUGUUGCGCAACCACGGCCUGUUGACCGUCGGGCAGACGAUUGAGGAGGCGGUCAAUUGGUUCUACCUGCUUGACCGCGUUUGCAAGGUCCAGUUGCUUGCUGAUGCGGCUGCGGCAGGUAGGGGUGGCGAGACACAUAAGAUUGACGAGGAGGAGGCGGUGUACACACGUGGUGUGGCGGGGAGCCACAAGGCGGGUUGGUUUGGUGGGAAGGCGAUGUUUGAUUUGAUUGAUGACUUAACGGACAAGAAGUAUUUGUUGUAG